UGGCCUCUGGUGAUUGGACGCCAGCUGCCCGAAGCCUGAAAAAGCCGGCGUUGGAAAAUAAUGGAGAAAAGCAGCAGGUUGUGCUGAGCUGAAGGUUGUGUGCUGAGUUCAUGGCCUGGUUUGACAAGUUUGGGAGGCUUUCUUUUCUGCUCCUGCUGCUCCAGUUUGUGAAGCUGGAGGAUAACGGGGGCUGGGGACUGGAUUCUAGUCUUAGUGAUGAAGGCGACUGCAGCGUUGAUGUCCGGGAUGUGAAUUCCAUCACGUACACUGAGUUUAUACACAAAUAUGCCUACAAUAAACCUGUAAUACUGAGAGGAGUCACCGACAACACGAAAUUCCGCUUCCUGUGUUCCAAGGUCAGUCUGCUAAGGGAAUACAGAGAUAAAAUAGUCCGACUGAGUACCGCCAACACACACUCCUACAGGAAAGUGGAUGUGCGGUUUGAAGAGUUUGUGAAGUUCCUGUUGACCCCUCAGUCUGAAGAUACACUGGGCAGUGAUACGCUGUAUUUCUUUGGUGAUAAUAACUUCACCGAGUGGCACUCUCUGUUUGAGGAGUAUAAAGCUCCACCUUACGGUUUACCACACACCAGCCCAGCGUACAGCUUUGGAAUUGCAGGUGCAGGUACUGGAGUACCGUUUCAUUGGCAUGGUCCAGGAUACUCAGAAGUCAUCUAUGGUAGAAAGCGAUGGUUCCUGUAUCCUCCUGAUCAGUCUCCUGAGUUCCACCCCAAUCACACCACACUGUCUUGGGUCCAACACUCCUACCCCAACCUAGAGAUACACAACAAACCUCUGGAGUGUACCAUUCGACCAGGAGAGGUGCUGUAUUUUCCAGAUCGCUGGUGGCACGCUACUCUUAACCUGGACACAAGUGUUUUCAUCUCUACCUUUCUGGGCUGAACUCUGAACUCUACCCCAAACUGACAAAUUACACAUACACAACUGCUGGCAUCUUUCCAAGACCAAUCGGAAUUCCUCAUUCGCUGACAUCACACAAAAAGGACCAAUAACAUCUUCACAUUCAUGGGCAUUAUUACAAAAGGACCAAUCAGAUAAACCAAGUGACCUGAUGGACCAAUCAAGGGUGAGAAAUUAAAUGAAGCCAUUGCUUUAUCAUGCAAGACAGACAUAUUCUGGUACACUUAAUCUGCAUUUCAUACCUAAAGAGCAUUGGUGAAUCUACAUGGCUGCAGUAAAAUGGGGAAAAAAAUAUCUUGGCAUGUAAAAAACAUCUUGAAUACAUAUAUGAUAUGUGAUAUUUCUCACUGUAAGAUUGUUAUCCUGUUGUAUUAUCAUGCAACAUAUUUAUAGACAUUUUUACUGGUUUUAAAACUGCUUGAACAUUAAAGGGGAAUUUUAAAGAUUUUUCAAAAUGUCUGCAUAAUUAAAUGAUUAAGAUGUAAACAAAGUCAUGAAAACCAGAGUGGUUUCAUGUGAAAUGCUCAGUUCUAGAGAAACCUACCAAGUUACAAUUUUCACAACGGUUAUAGGAACCAGACAUCUGAAGAGUUUAAUGUUAAGCUAUCUCACAGAACGUUAUUACCUGAAAUUUUUGAAAUUUCUAUCCUAAGUUAUUUUUAAAAUCUAUUUAGAGUGGAGAAGUACAUAAAGGGUGUUGUAAGGCAAAACAGCACCCAAAGAAAACAUGUUUUCGGAUUUACUGCUACUUUACCAUCAAUAUUACCUAUAAUAUGAAAAUGCCUGUUUCCCUUCACAUAAUGUGUUAAUUUCAUGAGGAAUGGACCAAAAGAAAUGACCCAGAAUUACUUGAGAAAAUGUCUGGUUCCACUGACAUUAAAAAUGAAGUGUUCUUUUCUUUCUCUUUCAUUUUGGAAAUACGAGGUUUCGUUCUGAUAGCAGCGCUAUAAAAACUCAGAAUACAUGUAUAGGUUCCCAUGUCGCUUUGACCAUCACUGUAAAGACAUUUGAGUUGGUAUUUCACAUUCACAUGAAUGACUUUGUUUACGUCUCAGUGAUUGAAUUGUGCAGACAUUUUCUUUAAAA